ACACACACACACACACACACACACACACACACACACACAACAUUAGCAUACAUACACUCACAAACACAACAUCAAACCAACACACAUUCCACAUUCCUUACAUACCAUGUAUGUAAGGAAGUUCCUCUAGAGAAGUUAUCUGUCAUGUAUUAGAAUUAUUAUUCUGCCGUGAGAGUGUGACUCUGCUAACAAUAAUAGACUUGAUUUAGCAAUGAUGGUGGGGGACCCGGGUGGAGAACGAACCAUGAAAGAACAGACAGAUUGACGAGACAAAAUGUUGAGUCUGAGAACGAACGAGAUAAACGAGGGAGAAGAAUCAGUUCCCUUCGUUCUUGUUAAAGAAGAACUGAUUCGGUCGCGAACGACCCAUCACUAACCUCAUCCUAACGCAGCCAUGAACACAACGCCAACACAGGUCCCUGACGUUUACUGUAGGAACCACAUUGAGGAGAAGUUGGUGAUUCACCUCUGCCUGAUCCCAGCUGUGGUGAUCAUCAUGGUGCUGUCCUUCUUCCAGACGAGGGAGCGCCGUUGGGCCAUGGACCUCCGGCUGCCCCGCAUGGCGGGGCACUUUGGCAUUGCGGUGCCUCUGGAGGCGAUGAACAGCCUGAGUAACCGCUGGUCCUACGGGUUUGCCUUUGGCGCCUCCUCCCGUGUGGUCUUCCUGCUGUUCUCCAAGCAACACAUCCUGUUUCCUGCUCCGCCCUGGGCCCAGCCCUUUGUGUUCCUUUUUGGAGCGUUCGAGGUGGGGCUAGUAUUCUUUCCCUUCUUCGCAUGCCUUUCUACAACUGCUAGGGGAGUUGGAGCUGUUUUGGGAAUACUCUACACUCUAGCCUGGCUCGGUGUCAUGCUCGCCCUUGUAAUCACCUGUCCAGACAUUCAGUUUUUUAUUAGGUAUGGGAAUCUGAUACAGUUAUUGCCGACCAUGGUAUCCUUCUUCUUUCUCCUGGGUCGCUUUUUCCUCAUAUUGGUCAAAACUGUGCAAGGACGCCGACAGAAUCAGGUUACAGGAGAGGUGAUUGAACACCAUGUCCAAUAUGUCAAGAGGUUGCUACGGAAACCGCCUCCUCCUGGCAGGGAAAGUUGGUUCCAAAGAAGGGUGUACAAGUGGGACCCACACUUCAGGUUCCCCAAUAGACUGAUAGGAACCACCAUCAUCAGCCUCAUAGGCCUCUACACUCUGUUGCACUACUCAUACGUGUUGAGCCAGUGGGUCUUUGAUGAGUUGGACGAGUUAAUUCGCUGGCUGGAUCGGUUAAAUUCAGCCUCAGCCUCAAUUACGGAGUUUGCCAUCAUCGCACGCAAGUCAUGGAUGAUGGCUUCCAUCACAGCCUGCCUCAUCUCCCUGGUCUACAUCUUCCACGUUCUGGUGUGUUACAGGAAGCAUAUGAAGAGGCUGUGGAGGGGGCAGAGGGGCUUCCUCCCUGAGAAGUUCCGCAAGAAUAUCAACCCUGCUUCUAGUAUGGCUGCCAUUGCAAGAUACUCUGGGUGUCAAAUCGCUUACACGUUAUGGGGUUACAUCAUCUUUAACAUUGUGGCCUUCCUGGCUAUCCUGAUCUUUGCAUAUACAAUGAUCGUUCCCAUCCUGCACGGCCAGAUCCUGGAGAGACUGACCACUUUGGGCUACUCAUUGCUGGGCUUGGCAGUACUCUUGGCCGUCGGUUGCCUGCAGGUAUACACUGUCAAGAUGUUCUUCCUGCAGGAUAAGCUGAGUACAACAGAGAAAGACAAACCUCUUGCCCUAAACAACAGGAGAGCGUUCAACUGCUUCAGCUACUUCUUCUUCUUCUACAACGUGGUGCUGGGGUUGAGCGCCUGCGCCCUGCGCCUGCUGGUCAGCCUGACUGUAGGAUUGGUGCUGCUGCCUCGCAUUGACCGCACCAUCAUGCCCAAAGGACACGAGACCAAGGACAUGGGCUACACAUGGUGGGUGGGCAUGAUCUUUGCAGACCACUAUCAUGGCAACCCGACGCUGGUGUGCUUCUGUAACCUGCUGUGGUCCAGAUCCCCGGAGCCAAAAGCAGCAGGCCCCUACCAGCCGUUCCGUAAUACAACCCUCGAGUCUGGUGUGCACAGCAGAGCCAGGAAGCGCUGGGCGCUGGCGUACACCCUACUGAGGAACCCUCCCCUCAUCCUGCUCAGGAAACACCUCGCUACCCCCGCACCCUGCUCCACCUCAGCCCAGGCGGCCAACCAGCCGUCUGACCACUUCACAAGAACACCAAGAUUUGUAACAGCGGCUCGGACACAGACCGGCUCAACAGCCCCCUCUGGCGGGGGAACACCGCCAAAGCAGCUGAACACAGGAUCAACGCAACGGACCAUCGUCAUCGGAAGUUUAGACCACCAUCGUGGGAAGGUUUGACCACUAUCGUGUGGAGUCUAAACCAACCACCAUCGUAUUGAGUUUAGACCACCAUAGUGUAAAGGUUAUGCCUCGGUUCCACUGACCCGCUAGACUAAAGAGAGAAUCCAUUGUGGAGCUUUUGAGGCUGCCAUGAAAACAUCCUGAAGAGGUUGGUUGUCUUUCCAUCCUGUCUCAAACUCUGAUGCUAUUCAAACAUAUCGAUGCAAUGUAAUACCAUAAGAAUGUAUCAUUUAAUACAUGAAACAAUUAAACAACCAAUGUUUUUUUAUCAUAGAUAUAUCAUCUUUUGGAAAGGUGAGGCAUCUUGCAUUUGAAUGCUGUUAGUGUUGAUGCUUUUGUUAUUAUUAUUAUUGUUGGUAAUCUAUGGGUAUGGGGAGGUUUUGGAGUUGUAUCCAAUAUAAAUCUGUCCUCCAGAAUUUUGAUCAUUGUAAAAAUUCAUAUAUCACCUAUUUGUUAGUUUGAAUUGUUUUUGCUUUUACACUUUCAUGUUUUUACACAAACCAAAUAAUGUUUUUUGAUAUAAAUUAAACUUUUGA